AUGCCUCCCAAGUCCAAGACCGUCCGUCCCGCCCAGGAGAACAUCUCCUUGGGUCCCCAGGUCCGCGAGGGCGAGCUCGUCUUCGGCGUUGCCCGUAUCUUCGCCUCCUUCAACGACACCUUCGUCCACGUCACCGAUCUUUCCGGCCGUGAGACCAUCUGCCGUGUCACUGGUGGUAUGAAGGUCAAGGCCGACCGUGACGAGUCCUCCCCCUACGCUGCCAUGUUGGCUGCCCAGGACGUCGCUACCCGCUGCAAGGAGCUCGGCAUCACUGCCCUCCACAUCAAGAUCCGUGCCACCGGUGGUAACGGCACCAAGACCCCCGGCCCCGGUGCCCAGUCUGCUCUCCGUGCCCUGGCCCGUUCCGGCAUGAAGAUCGGCCGCAUUGAGGACGUCACCCCCACGCCCUCCGACUCUACCCGCAGAAAGGGUGGUCGCCGCGGUCGUCGUCUCUGA